AUGGGCAAGAAAGGAGGGGCAAAAAAAUUGCCAAAUUUAGAAUAUGGGUCCCGCACCCCAAUAUCAUUGAGGGAAGAAGCCACUGGAAAAAUACAAACCAAGCCAGCCUCUAACCUCAAGUCAAUUUUGCGAUUUGAGCACUUGAAAAAGCUAGCAUUGUGGGCAACUAAUGACCCUUUGAUACCGUCUUUGGGUGCCUUCUAUGGCCAGCAUUUGGCUACCGUUGGAGAGGCCACAGGAAUACCGCCUGAUCCUUCUUUAAUGACUUGCCAAAGAUGUGAAACUGUACUGCAUCCCGGCUUUAAUUCAACUGUACGAAUUGAGAAGAAUAGAUCAAAGGUGAGACAUAAACACAGGAAGUCGGGUACCGUCACUCAAAAUAACAUAGUAUACAAGUGCCAUUUCUGUUUCCAUCAGAAUUUGAAGAGAGGGACCCCUAAGGGACAUAUAAAAGGAAUAUGCCCAUCAAAAGAUAAAUCAUUGUUAGAAUCAACACCUCCUUCAAGACCCGUCACACACGGGUGUUCAAAGUUAGAGAAAGGCAUUAUAAGCAAAGAUGAAGCUAAUGAAAUAAAUAUGUUUGCUUCACGAGCUGUAGUUAAGGACGUGGCUCUUAUAGAUAGUCUGGCAACUCCCCCAAGUACAAGUACUACGUCUACAACCUUGUCAGAAGGGAAGAAGAGAAGGAGAAAUAGUUUGACGUCUGAGAAAGCAAUUGAAAUGACAGGCAUGUCUGCAAAAGUAGAAGAAGCAAAAUCUCUAAGCACAGCGAGCAAAAGACGAAGAAAAUCUUGGACUAGUUUAAAGAAAAUUGCUCAGAGCAACGAUCAUGAGAACAGUCAGGUUGCUAAUUUGACAGUCCCAUUCUUUUUAUAA